GCCCAUAUUUUCUGCCAUUUGUAUAAGGGGCAAUACGCUAUCCUCACACCAGAUUUCAUUCUUUAGAUAAUCAAUCAUAUAGUACUCUAAUCUACCUACUACUACCACUACUUUGAUCACAAAACAGAGGGAGAGAGAAGAAGAAGAAAAUGGCAACACAAGCACUUGUAUCAUCAUCUCUGACCUCUUCAGUGGAGGCAGCUAGGAAGGUACUUGGAGCAAGAUCUUCAAUUGGGUCCUCAAGAAAAGCUUCCUUUUCAGUAAGGGCAGCAACCACUCCACCUGUUAAGCAAGGAGCAGAUAGACCCUUGUGGUUUGCAUCCAAGCAGAGUCUUACUUACUUGGACGGCAGCCUCCCUGGUGACUAUGGAUUCGACCCUCUAGGCCUCUCGGACCCAGAGGGUACAGGCGGGUUCAUUGAGCCCAGAUGGUUAGCCUAUGGUGAGGUAAUCAACGGACGUUAUGCCAUGUUGGGUGCAGUGGGUGCCAUAGCACCCGAGAUUUUGGGGCAGCUUGGCCUCAUUCCUCAGGAAACAGCCCUCCCUUGGUUCAAAACUGGAGUCAUCCCACCGGCCGGGACAUACAACUACUGGGCAGACCCUUACACACUUUUUGUAUUUGAGUUGGCACUGAUGGGAUUUGCAGAGCACAGGAGGUUCCAAGACUGGUACAAUCCAGGGUCUAUGAGCAAACAGUACUUCUUGGGGUUAGAGAAGUAUUUGGGAGGGACUGAUAACCCAGCCUACCCUGGCGGACCCUUGUUUAACCCACUUGGCCUUGGAAAGGAUGAGAAGUCAUUGAAUGACUUGAAGCUCAAGGAGAUCAAGAAUGGAAGGUUGGCCAUGUUGGCUAUCUUGGGUUACUUUGUACAAGCUCUUGUUACAGGCGUUGGACCUUACCAAAACCUCUUGGAUCAUCUGGCUGACCCUGUCAACAACAAUAUCUUGACGAGCCUCAAGUUCCAUUAAGGGGAUUAUAUAUAUUAUAUUUACUCCUCUUGUUGUUUGGAACAACCCACCCGACCACUUCUUUCUCUCUCUUUCUGCUGUAACAUGAUGUCUACCUAUCUUGUGAUCCUUGUUUAGUUCUGUAAGAAAUGAGAUGUUAAGGACUGAAAAUAGACCUGUUAAUUAAUGCCUCCAUUAUGUAAUCAAUCUUAAUAUGUAGCAAAUCGGAGUAUUUAUCUUUCUCAA